GCCAGGUCUCCCGCGGUGCUCCAACUGCAAGCGCGGGCGUCCCGGCACGUUGCAUUUCGCGGCAGAGGCAACAGAUAGGGGAGACGAUGAGGGAUCUGGAGGAGUUCCGGGGCUCGUCGGCGGGGCCGCCGCGGAACAAUGGCGGCGGCGGCAGCGGGGGGUCGUCGGCGGUGACCACGCCGUCGUGGUGGGCGGGCGACCCGGAGGCCAAGCGCCGGCGGAGGGUGGCCGCCUACAAGGCCUACGCCGUGGAGGCCAGGGUCAAGGCGUCGCUCCGCCGCGGCCUCCGCUGGAUCAAGGACCGCUGCACCGGCAUCGUCCACCACCGCCGGUGACCGGCCGGGAAGAGCGAUCGUUGGCAUAUCGUGGCGUGUGCUUUGACCGCCUCGCCAUCUUGAUGUUCAUAAUAUUUCUGUUUUCUCCUCUCUUUUUUUCCUCCUCUUCCUCGUGAAAAAGUUGCCUUCGUUUCUUAUUAAUUUUGUUCUUAUGAAAGGAAAUCAUUCCAAUAACUCGAGCUUUUCCUCGA